UUCUCUGUGACGUCGUUCCGGUAGUUAGCGCUCGAAGCUAGCAGGUUGCUAACGUUGUAGCUCGUCUGCGUCCACUUUCACUCUAAAGUGCAGCCAUGGAGAUAGGGACGGAAAUCAGCAAGAAAAUAAGAGCUGCUAUCAAAGGCAAGCUCCAAGAGCUCGGCGCCUACAUCGACGAGGAACUCCCGGAUUACAUCAUGGUGAUGGUCGCCAACAAGAAAACCUCCCAGCAGAUGGCUGACGAUCUCUCGCUUUUUCUGGGAAACAACACCGUCAAGUUCACAGCCUGGCUGCACGGCGUCCUGGACAAGUUAAGAACAGUUGCAGUGGAGCCCUCCUCCGCCAGACACGAGCCGCAGUCAAUCGGCAGCUUGCCUGCCACGAGGACGGACGAGUUCAAGUCCAACCCUCGCUCUGACAGGACGGAAUCGCGCAGGUCCGCCCACGACAGCAGGAGGCCCAGCGCCGAUUUGGGCUCGUCCCGCCUGACGUCCGCCGUCAAGCCCCUCGUGGAGCUCCUCCCCUCCGAGGCGGUCAUCGACAUCAAGCCGGAGACGGACGACGACUUCGGCGAGGACCCCGCCGAGGCGGCCGCCGCACCGAGAGGCGCGCGGGGCGCCGCCGGUCGGCCGUCCGUGGAGCUCUACAGGCCGGGCCAGAGCAAGCUGAGCAACGCGUCGCGUUCCGCAGAAGGUUCCUUGCACGGGCGGCAUCAAGACGGCGGGAGCGGCAGAACCUCCAAGGGCGGGUCCGUCAAGGAGGAGUUGUCACGGAAACGCAAGGCGCCCGCGGUGAGCUCGGUGGUGCAAGUGAACCGCGACUCGGACGAGGAAAGCGACGACAUGGACGACGACAGCGAGGAGGAGGACGAGGACGCGAGCUACGCGGGCCGAGGCCUGUCCAGUCGGGUGUCGCUACCGUCCAAACCGGAACGAAAGCCGACCCUCCCGCCGGCCAAGCAGGCCAACAGGAAUCUGAUCCUGAAGGCCAUCUCCGAGGCGCAGGACUCCAUCAACAAGACGACCGCCUUCCCGAUAGCGCCGCAGAGGCGGACGGUUCCCGUGGCCCCGCGAGCCCGCUCGGCCCGAGCCGACCAGAUGACGGCCGCCGUCCAGCUGGUGCGCCGGCACCUGCGCGGCGAGGCCGGCGGGGGGCCGGGGUACACGCCCGAAGAGCGGCCCGGCAGUGCUCUCGCUCCAGCCAGAUCUGCGGCUUCAAAUGCGCCGUCAGACUUAGCGCAGCGCAACAAUGGAGACAAGAGUGAUGAUUCGGGCGGCGGGACGAAGCGGUUCGACACGCGCUCCUUCAUCGUGAGUCGCCCGCAGCCGGACGGCAAGCGGGGGGACGAGGCCGCUCUACCGCGCACCGUGCAAGCCAGCAAGGAGAAGGAGCUCUCCUCCAGCCCCAAGUUCAUCGUGACGCUGGAGGGGGUCCCGAGCCCGCCGGGAAACCCGGCGGAGUCGGACGUGGAGCUGGACGACGUCAGGCCGCCCUCCAAGCCUGUCAAAUCCAAAGUCGGCGUCCUUCAAAGACUGCAAGGGGCCCUGUCGCUGGGAGCGGACGCCACGGAAGCGGAGAUGCUCGACGUCGACUCGGCGCCUUUGAAGAAGCAGAAAGUGAUGGAGCGCUGCAAGUUCUGGCCGGUGUGCAAGAGCGGAGACGAGUGUGCCUAUCAUCACCCGACCAGGGCGUGCAAGACGUUCCCCACGUGCAAGUUCGGCGACAAAUGCCGUUUCAUCCACCCCAACUGUAAAUACGACGGCAGGUGCAGCAAGCCCGACUGUCCGUACACCCACGUGAGCCGCAGGGGCGCCGUGGCCCCGCCCGCUCGGCCAGUCGCACCACCAGCGCAAACAGUGAGCACGUGCCGCUUCUUCCCACAGUGCAAGAAGAUGGACUGCCCUUUUUAUCAUCCUAAGCCAUGUCACUUCGCCGGCCAGUGUAACCGAGACGGCUGCACCUUCUUCCACCCCAGCGCGUCUGUGCCUCCCAGACACGCCCUGAAGUGGACCAAGACACAGAGCAGCUAAUGAAGUCUCGACUUCAGUUUGUGACGACCGCAGAUGUCCCGUCAAGACCUUCGAUGGAUUUUAUUUGGUGUUUUUUUUUUUUUUUAAUUGUUUCUCUUAUUCAUCUGUGGCGUUGUGAGUAGCAUUUUUAAAAGAAGAGUUUUGCAAGUCGCUGUUUUGUUUUGUUUUUUGGGCCAAAGCUGUCAGACUAUUAAAAUACUUAAUGCAAAAAAACACAACCUCUGCUUUCUUAUCUCAGCUCAACUUUUAUGUUCUUCUAUUUAGAUAACAUCACGUAUGAUGAUGGUGC